AUGGGCAGCACCAUGGAGCCCCCCGGGGGCGGGUACCUGCACCUAGGCGCUGUGACGUCCCCCGUGGGCACGGCCCGUGUGCUGCAGCUGGCCUUCGGCUGCACCACCUUCAGCUUGGUGGCCCACCGGGGCGGCUUCGCGGGCGUCCAGGGCACCUUCUGCAUGGCCGCCUGGGGCUUCUGCUUCGCCCUCUCGGGCCUGGUGGUGGCCUGUGAGUUCACCCGGCUCCACAGCUGCUUGUACCUGUCCUGGGGCAACUUCACGGCAGCCUUCGCCAUGCUGGCCACGCUGCUGUCGGCCACGGCCGCGGUCAUCUACCCGCUGUACUUCACCCGGCUGGAGUGCCCGCCCGAGCCCGCGGGCUGCGUGGCCAGGGACUUCCGCCUGGCAGCCAGCGUCUUCGCCGCGCUCCUCUUCCUGGCCUACGCUGCGGAGGUGGCGCUGACCCGGGCCCGGCCGGGCCAGGUGGCCAGCUACAUGGCCACGGUGUCAGGGCUCCUCAAGAUCGUCCAGGCCUUCGUGGCCUGCAUCAUCUUUGGGGCACUGGUCUACGAUAGCCGCUACGGGCGCUACAUGGCCACCCAGUGGUGCGUGGCCGUCUACAGCCUGUGCUUCCUGGCCACGGUGGCCGUGGUGGUCCUGAGUGUGACGGGCCACACGGGGGGCCUGGGCUGCCCCUUUGACCGUCUGGUGGUCGUAUACACCUUCCUGGCCGUGCUCCUCUACCUCAGCGCGGCGGUCAUCUGGCCGGUCUUCUGUUUUGACCCCAAGUACGGUGAGCCUGGACGGCCCCCGGACUGCCCCAGAGGCAGCUGCUCCUGGGACAGCCAGCUGGUGGUGGCCACCUUCACCUACGUCAACCUGCUCCUCUAUGUCGCCGACCUCGCCUACUCCCAGAGGAUCCGCUUCGUGCCCCCACUGUAGGCACCUGCGCUCCCAGGGGCUCCCGGCGCCUCGCGGGCGACCCAGGUGAACCCAGGCCUCCGAGGAGCGAGCUGGAGGCAGGCGAGUGGGCGCUCCUGGACCCCCGGCAGCGAGGCUCGGGGAGGAGGGAGGGAAGACGGGGGGCAGGACACAGGCCAGGAUCCUCCCCCAGGCAGCUCCCAGCCCCUCUCUGUCUCUUUCCUCUAUCUCUCUGUCUUUGUUUCUCUCUCUCUGU